AUGAUUCACAAGUGGUGGCAUAGGUUUGUCCGCAAACGGACUAAACCUAUUCCAGAAGAUACAGCAGUACUUUGGAAGCGUCGGCUGAGUAUAGUUUAUGGAUUAUUGGCAUGGAAUGCAUUUGGUAUUGUUUUAUAUAGUGCUUUUAAAGGAAAAACUGAUUGGGCUCAUUAUUAUGGCAUCAAAUCUGAUGAAGAAUAUUCCACUCCCCCAGGUCAAGCUUGGGCAAGUACUUUGGGAAUAAAGAAUGCUAAAGUGUAUAGAAUAUCAGGCUUCAAAAAAGUGGAUGAAUAUGAUAUUAUUGAUGGGCAGGUUGACAAGGGUGAAGUUGAAAGCAGAACAGAUGAUAUUAUACGAGAUGAUGAUAAAUAUCAAUGA